UUAGCUUUCUCCUUUUUUGCCCCGGAACCGGAAUUGUUGUAUCUUUCCCUUAGAGGAGAAAUAAAGGAAAGGCCCAGUUGCUACACCACAGCCUCCUUUAAUUCCCCCUUACUGAUCCAGAGAAAUUGCUACUGUGGGACCAACCAAAAGGAGUAGCUGAUGACAAAAUGGAAGCCCCGCCAGGAGCCAAAGUGUGGGAAGAGUUGGAGGCAGUGGGGAAAAGCCCCCGAGUCCUGCCUGGAGGACAUAGGAGAGGUUUUCUGCAAAGGACACUGGGAAACCAGAUUAAAGAAGAACCAGGAGAAGGGUUUCAUCAGCUGUGGGAAGCCCAGUUGCAGGAGUUCCUGAAGACUCUGGAGUCUCCACAUUCUGGGUUGGGAACCACGGAGUUGCCAGAGCCGCCGAAGCCAUGGGGAGACGCUCAGGCCUUCCUGGUCUCCUUCGAGCAGGUGGCUGAGGCCUGCCGGUGGCCCAAGGAAGAGUGGGCGGCCCGGCUCCUGCCUGCCCUGAGCGGAGAAGCGGAGCGGGCCUUUCACCGGCUGGAGGCCCAAGACAGGGAGGAUUAUGGGAAGGUGAAGGCGGCCAUCUUGCGAGGAGAUGCCCUGAGCCGGGAGAAGCAGCGGCAGCACUUCCGGCAUUUCUGCUACCAGGAGGCCGCGGGGCCGCGGGGGGCGUAUAGCCAGCUGCGGGAACGUUGCUGUCGCUGGCUCAAAGUGGAGAAGCACAGCAAGGAGCAGAUCCUGGAGCUGCUGGUUCUGGAGCAGCUGCUGACCAUCCUGCCUCUGGAGGUCCAGACCUGGGUGAGGGAAGUCGGGCCCGAGACCUGUUCCCAGGCGGUGGCCCUGGCUGAGGACUUCCUGCUGAGGCAGCAGGAGGCCGAGAGGCAGAAGUCACAGGUUCUGAUUCCGCUGGGGGCUGACGCGGCUGUGAGCAACUCCGAGGCCAAGCAGCCACUGUCUGACACCGGAUGGACCCCAUUCAGUGGAGACACCAGACCGGAAAGACAACAGGCUCCUCAGCUGCUGGCAAAAAGGUGGUCGGAGGGGUGUGAGGAGGGAAAAUAUGCCCCAGAGGUGGGUCCACACAGAAGAUCUGUGGGGAAAGCAGAAGAGAACAUUCCCCAGGACCAUGUGCCAGAAGUGGUCUCUGGGAAUGAGCCCAGACUAGGGGACCAGCGGGAAGCCUGUCCGGAGGAGAUCAACCGGGAAACCUUUCCUUGUGGAAACACUGGUGUGGAAAUCCCCAUCUACCCACAAACCCUUGCAGGCUGCAGCCAAGUGAGCGAGCACAAAGAGUAUAACCCACCGGAAGGUCCAGAGGUGAGGCGGUACAGGGGGUAUCCAGGGACGCACAGGAGAAUCCACGUCAGGGAGAUGCCCUUUCACUGUGCCGAAUGCGGCAAGAAUUUCAGCCGCAAGCACCACCUCAUGCGCCAUCAGCUGAUCCACACCGGGGAGAAGCCGUUCAAGUGCUCUGCGUGCGGCAAGACCUUCGUUCAGAUUUCGGACCUUACGCGGCACGAGAGGACGCACACGGGGGAAAAGCCUUACCGGUGCACAGCUUGCGGGAAAAGCUUCAGCCGCAAGUCCGUCCUCCUCGCCCACCUGAUGGCGCACACGGGGGAAAAGCCGUACACGUGUCUGCUGUGCGGGAAACGGUUCCGCUCUCGCCAAGGCCUCAUCCAUCACAAAACGCUCCACGCCAGGGAGAAAGCGUAUAAAUGCGCUUACUGCACCGAGGCCUUCAGCCUGCGGCCCCAGCUUAUUCUCCAUGAGCGGAUGCAUGCAGGAGAGAAGCCGUAUCGGUGCACGACUUGUGGGAAGAGCUUCAGCAAUAGCACAAUUCUGACUAAGCACGAAAUGAGUCAUGCGGGGACAAACCGUGUCAGCAAGGGGUGCUGAAUGCCAACUCUAGUGCUGAAUUCCCUCUGAAUUCAGGGAAGUCAUUAACGGACAGAUUCCAGGAGUGGAGAGGGCAGAAAUAUCCUCCAGUUUUAACUUAAAGCUCUUACUGCCAGUAACUAAGUCUUAGGAGGUGCAUUUGCAACUUUUAGAAUGGAGGGAAGCCACAAAGAGUUGUGUGGGUUGGUGUGGCCAUCUGCAACCCAAGGUGGUCAAAAAUGGCGCGCACGACUGCGUGGCUUGCUUGGUUUUCUCAACUUGCUUACUGUGGUCUGCCCCUGCAGCAGAACAAGGCGCUUGAAUUUUUUAAAAACAUUUAGGGAAGUUUUAGGGGGAAAGUAAUGUAUUUUAGUUCCUAGAAAGGUGCGGUUGAUGGGGAUUUGAGUUAGGAUGUUUCUGUAGUAGCAGGCCCAGUUGUGGGAUUCCCUUCUUAGGAAGGCUAAGUUGGUUUGUUCAGUGUUUACUUAAGACUGGGGGUCCCUAUUUGGGAAACUGCUGUUUCAACACCAUAGAUGCCUAAGGGAGUUGCUACUUUGGCAUCAGCCUUUUCCCUUGUGGAACAUAGGCUGUGUCUUUUUAAACAAGAGUGUGUUCCACCUUUGUUGGACAUUUAAUAAGGGACUAUCUAACUUAGCUAAUCGCUGGCAAUGCAAUACAGCUAAAGCUUCUUUUGAACGUAUGAUUUAGCAAUAUGCAGGAGUCGCUUCUUUCGCAGAGAAAGCUGCUAAAUUUUGUAUUGGAACAGACUUUAAUACUGACGAAUUUACCUGCUCUUAUAAAUUAUUUACCUGUCUUCUGGAAAUUGAAAGAUGGAAGGGGAAAUGGAUUCUUCGUGCCACUUUGACAAGUAAAGGCGGACUUUAUAAAACUUCCAAUCAUGUACUCGAUUGGGGAGCUAACAAUGUUUUCAGCUUGUGAACAGGUGGUGUAUAGACGCCAACUUCAAAUGGAUGCUUAAUUUGAAUAAGUGGAUCACUUUUGUUGAAGCUGUGAAUAAUUGCUACAAAAUUGUAUGCAUUUCAUAGACAGCCAUGUAUUUAUAUUUUAAAAAUGUGAAAAUUAAAAAAUUGGGUGACUGAGAUGCCAUGUUGAGACUGUUGCAUUAGAUGGUUAAAAACCAUUGUGCCAGCAACCUUUAAAGUGAUGGACGUCACUUUUUCAUUGGCGCGUCUUCCCUACUUUGUUGUAUGUUUUGGCUUGCUUGGAACAAUUGUCUUUAUUGUGUUUUACACUGUAAUUGUAAAUUGUCUGGAGUGCUCACUGAGUGGAGGGGAGUCUCAGAAAUACACUAAAGAAAUAAAAAAUAA